CCGCCUCCCCCUCUCCGCUGGGAACUCGGCCGCCGCGGGGAGCCUAUGGCGUCCUUCGGAACCCCGUGACGUCAGCGGCAGCGCCCCCCUGCCCCGGCCAGGCAGCCGCGUGGUUGGCCGCGGCCACACGAGGAGUCUGCUGCCGGCGUCGCGUGACUGGGCUGGCUGGGCUGCGCAGGCGCGGUGUGGGGCUGGCCAGUCUCGGCUGAGCCUGCGGUUGGAACUUGGAGAGGGCAGCGCCGUUGUGGACGGGCUCGGGCGGGCAGGCAGGCAUGGCCGGGUCUGCGCAGGAGAAGAGCACGCUGCUGCACCUUUUCGCCGGAGGGUGCGGCGGGACGGUUGGCGCCAUCUUCACGUGCCCUUUGGAAGUCAUUAAGACGAGGCUGCAAUCUUCCAAGCUGGCCUUCCGGGCCGUGUACUACCCACAAGUCCAGCUGGGGACCAUCAGCGGCGAAGGGGUGGUCAGGCAGACGUCUGUCUCGCCCGGACUCAUCCGGGUUCUGAAAUCAAUUUUGGAAAAAGAGGGGCCAAGGUCGCUUUUCCGGGGUUUGGGGCCAAACUUGGUUGGGGUUGCGCCAUCAAGGGCGGUCUACUUCGGGUGUUACUCCAAGGCCAAAGAACAGUUUAAUAAUCUGUUUGUUCCCAACAGCAACCUUGUCCAUGUCUGCUCAGCUGGCUCUGCAGCCUUCAUCACCAGUUCGCUGAUGAAUCCCAUCUGGAUGGUAAAAACCAGGAUGCAGCUUGAAAGGAGAGUCCGAGGUUCCAAGCAAAGGAACGCCCUCCAGUGUGCCAAGUAUGUCUACCAGACGGAAGGAGUCCGCGGCUUCUACAGAGGCCUCACUGCCUCCUACGCUGGGAUCUCCGAGACCAUAAUCUGCUUUGCUAUUUACGAGAACCUGAAGAAGCACGUCAAGGACGUCCGGCUAGCUCCUUCUCCUGCUGGCGGGUCAGAGAGGAGCUCCACCAACUUCUUUGGGCUGAUGCUGGCCGCUGCCAUUUCCAAGGGAUGUGCAUCCUGUAUUGCUUACCCACACGAGGUGAUACGAACCCGACUACGUGAGGAAGGCACCAAGUACAAGACGUUUGUCCAGACGGCGCGUCUUGUUGCACAAGAAGAAGGCUACCUGGCCUUCUACAGAGGACUCUUUGCCCAGCUUAUGAGGCAGAUCCCAAAUACGGCAAUUGUCUUGUCUACGUACGAAUUAAUAGUGUACCUGUUAGAAGACCAUGUGAAGUAGCACACGGUAACUAGAAAUCUCAAAAACAAAAGAGAAAAAUCCUUCCCAGGCCAGUUUUAUCUCGAAGAGCUAUUUCAAACGGUGACGGACAGAGACCAUCAGCUGAGCACGCUAUUUUCUCUCUUCUUUUUUUUAAGUUUUCUCUUUGGAUUCAUGCCUUCUGAAAGGUUUUGACUUAAUGUUCAUAGUUAAUUGUUGCUUUUUUUUUUAACUUAAGGAGACGAGGUUCAGACAUUAAAAUGACUAAAUUAAAUCACACUAUUUAAUUUA